CCAAUCAAUACCGGUGACCCUCGCGACGCGACGAUCAUGACCCUCUCUUCUCUCCUUGUGCAACUCAAAGUUCCUGGAGAAUACAAAGAACUGUCUGAAACAUCAGAGAUCGAGCUUGUGACGCGUCUUCAAGUGUGGAAGAAUGACACGCUACGCAUCCUUCAAGAACUCAAUACGCGCAUCGAACAGAGCACCGACCUGUCGCUGGACGAGCAAGCUGAUAUCGUGGCUGCAGUAGCACCCUUAGAUGGGGAUUCGGAAUGGACGGAACUUCCAUCGCAAGAAUUGGCUCAAAAUAUCUUACAUAGAUUCAUGGAUCCUCCUCUGACACUCGUGACCCACAUCCUGCAAAAUAACAUACGACCGUUGUUCCGCUCUAACCCACAUCCCGAAAUGAACGCAGAGACGGGACGGAAGCUUGCACGUUCCGCGGGCGGCCCGAACGCGUCUCAAGACUUCUUCGAGUCACAACACUGGAAGGACCAUCCCGGGGCUGCGCGUACAAUCUUGUGGUGUGUAGAGAACAUUCCGACGGAAGCAUACGACCAAGUGUGGCAUCUGGUCAUUCCACCAUUGAUGAUAUUGCUGGACGAUUAUGAGGCACGAUAUAAACUGGAGGGUGUGCGGAUCGCGUCUGAAAUGCUGAAACGCGUUCCCGGCUCCCUCUUGAAGCGGACAGGUGUCGAUGGUUUACUCUCCGUGUCUUUCCAGAAGGCACUCACUUCAUUUGACCGUCCUCAGACCCGUGAACUCAUUCCUACCACGGUCUAUGUUUCACUGGCUCUUAUUGAGGAGACCACCUCGAUCGGCUCGGUGCAACGCUUUGAUCAGCUCUCUGCUCUGCUGGGGGAUGGAAUCAUCGCGAGCAUCUGGCCAUACGCUAGUGACAAACUCGAUGCCUUGGUUGCUUCCGUGGACGCACUGCCUCCCAUUUUCGAAGCACUAGGAGUGGGCUGCGCUCGUUAUCUCAAGGUUCUUAUCGCGCAACUGGUCUAUCCGUUAAAUCCCAGCGGAUAUCGAAGCAGUUCGGUGGAGUUGCAGAUCGUGUCACUGCGUGCUUUGGCUACUCUCAUCACGGCGUGCGCCGAACGGAUGGAGCAUUGGAAAGGAACAAUUCUAGCUGCCGUGGCACGUUGCUGGGUGUCACUAGUGGAAUCGGGAACACCCGACGAUCCAAGUGAGACUUCCGGUUGCUUCCAAAAUUCUAGGCCCCUGACCGAUUUGGAGGACGACAGAAACUGCAAGAUGUAUGCCAAGCACUGGUUGUUGCGGCUCCCUCGGUCUCCGGGGUGCGAUCUCUUGUUGAGUCCUACUCGCGAUGUUGACCCGAUAUUCCAGGAUUACGCAAGGUUGCAGGAACUUGACACAAUGUUCGAGGACAUGCUAGUACGCUGA